AUGAAAAUAAAUGAUUAUUAUUUAUUAUAUCAAAAAAAAAACUCACUAAAAAAUAUUUUUGAAGGAAACUUUUCAGCAGAUUAUAAUGAAGAUACAUCAACAAUAAAUAAUUCCUACAUAUAUAUAUUUGACAAUAUAUCUAAUAAUAGAAAUGAAUAUUUAUUUAACAUAUAUAAGAAAAAUAAAGGUGAAAAUUCAGAAAAAAUUAGGAAAUCUAUUUCUGUUAAUAAAUCGUAUGAUAAAAAAAAAAGAGAAUUCAACAAUAGAAAUGAUCUAUAUACCAUUUUUAAUUAUAGGAGAACUUUACAUAAUAAUAAGCGUUCUCCAUGCAUUGGUACUAUUUACGACAACUAUUCAGGAAAAAGUUUUUGUUGUCUAAAUAAUUACUAUAAUAAGAAAUAUAUUGAUGUAAUAAAUAAAUGUAAUUUUUUGAAAAUUAACAACGAUGUUCCUUUAAAAGAAAUUAAAAAUACUUUAAAUGAAUGCAAUUUAAAUAACUUAAAUGAUUUAUAUAAAAAUAAUUUCAACUAUAUAUAUUUAAAUAGAUUAAAUAAUAUGAAUUUGAAUAAUUUAAAUAAACAUAAUUUGAAUAUAAAAUUGAAUGAAAAUGAAUAUUCUUUAAUUAAUAAGCAUCUAGAGAAAAGUAAAAAUUGUAACAAAAGUAAUUAUAAUAUAAAUAAUAGCAAUAAUUUUGAUACUAAUUCUUCUUCAAAUGAACUUAUUCCUAACCUUAUAAGAGAAUUACAUCAAAAUUCAGUAAAUAAUAUAUAUUACAUAAGAAACCAAAUGAGCACUUUAAAUAAUACCCAUGUAAAUAAAUUAUAUUGUAAUAAAAAAAAAAAGAAUUAUUAUUCAUCUAAAAAUAAAGAGAAUAAUAAUAUAUUGGUAAAAAUUAAAAAGACUGAUAAAAAUAAAAAUGAUAUCAUCCAUAAAAAUGUAAUUUACUUAAACACUUUAAAUAUCAAGAACCACUUGAAGCAUAAUUUUUUUUAUAAAAAAGAGAAAAAUUCUUUAAUAGGAAAUAAAGGCAUGAACAAAAGUAUUUGUUUUAACUAUGAUAAUAAUUAUUCAAAUAUAUAUAUUCAGAAUUAUAGUAACUUUAUCAUAAAUAAUAAUAAUUUUACUUAUAUUAAAAAUAAUGAUAAAUUUAACAUUAAUAGAAGUUAUAUCAAAAAUCUACACUAUAAUAAUAAUAAUAAUAAUAAUAAUAAUAAUAAUGAUAAAAAUAAUAAUAAUAGUGAUAAUAAUAAUAAUAAUAAUAAUAAUAAUAAUAAUAAUAAUAAUAAUAAUAAUAAUAAUAAUAAUAAUAAUAAUAAUAAUAAUGAUAAUAGUAAUAACGAUGAUGAUGAUGAUAAAAAUAAUAAUAAUAGUGAUGAUAAUAGUAAUAGCAAUGAUGAUGAUGAUGAUGAUGAUAAUAAUAAUAAUAGUAAUAACGAUGAUGAUGAUGAUAAAAAUAAUAAUAAUAGUGAUAAAAAUAGUAAUAAUAGUGAUGAUCAUAAUAAUAAUAGUAAUAUUAAGAUUAAUAAUAAUAAAAAUGUGAGGAUAGAAAACAAAAGUGAAUAUUGUUAUAAUAAAAGUAUAAAAAAAAUAGAUGAAUCAAAUAUCCCUAAUUCUGUGAAUAAAAAUAUAAGUAAGACGAAUGAAGAAAAAAAGGAAAAAGCAGAAAUGAAAGAUACAAGUAAUGAAGACAUGAAAAAUAAAAAUAAUUUAUUAAAAUUGAAUAAAUACGUAGAAAUUUUUUAUUUAAAAAAAAAGGUAAGAUUAAUUAACUGCUUGGUAUAUCUAAAAGAUAUAUGUUUUCCUUGGCAGGGAACAGAGAAUAAAAGUAUAUUUUUAUUUAACUUAUCUAAUAUACUUUACACAAAUGAUAUUACAGUAUUAUGUAUUUAUGAAUUUAUAUUUUUGCCUCUAAUCAAUUAUUUUAAUAAUAAUUAUAAAGAUGAUUUUAAAAUAUUAAGACAUUCUAAUAGUUGUAAAAAUGUAUUUUUUGUUGAUGAUUUUAGCAACAGUGGUAAUGAUAAUUUUUCAUCGGGGGAAGAAAAUUUUCGACCUGAUACAACAUUGACGGAUAUGUUAAAAAAAAAAAAAAAAGUUGAAAAUUGCGAAAGUGUUAUUAAGAAAAAUAAGAGAAAAAUAAAAAAUAAUGCAAACAAAAAAUUAAAAGCUAAUAUAAAUAGGAAUUCAUUGUUAAAUGCUAAUGAUUUUAGCACAGGGUUUGAUGAAAAUUUGGGAGAAUUAAAUUUUAUAGAAUUAUUAAAUCUAAAUGAAUUUUUUUUAUUUGAUCCUUUUUCUUAUAUUGACGAAAAAAAAUUAAGAAAUGAGAUUCGUAUAAAAGAUAUUUUUCACAUUGUAUAUUUAUUAGAAUGCUUUCAAUUACAAAAAGAUUAUAAUAAAACUUUUUUUGAUAAAUGUUUUGAUAUAAUAAUUAAUGAUUUUUCUGUUUAUCUUAAGUAUAUAUAUCAUUUAAAAUUUAAUAUAUUUUUUUCAAACAGUGAUUUAAAAAAAGAAUUUACUGAUAAUUAUUUCAAUGCAAAAUUUGCAUUCGUAGAACAGUUAAAAGAAAAAGAGGUUGACGAAACGUUCUUUGUAAAAUCUUUGAAUAAGAGAAAUAGGAGAAUAUUAAAGAAUAAUUUAAUUAGUGAAAAGGAAAACUCAGAAAAUAUAGAUGCAGUAAAUAUACAAAAUGAAAAUUUAAAAAAUAUAAAAAACGAGAAAUUAAAAAAAAAUUGUGAUACAGGAAAGAAUUGGAACUUUGAUGAAUUCAAUAUAUUUAAUAUUUUUUAUAUAUAUGAAUAUAUUCAUUCAGUUGAUGAAGAAGAUAAAAAUGCAUCUAUUUCAUCAAGCUUAAGUGGUAAGGUCUAUGAUAUAAAAACAAGUGACAAAUGCUUUAAUAAUAAUAUAAGUUAUAACAAUUUAAGAAAAGAAAAGUUGAAUUCUUUUGAAAAAAAUAUGAAAGAGUUUUUAAAUAAUUACUUUGAAAAAUAUUAUAUAAAAACAAAUAUAAAUAAUUCUCCAACUUUAAAAAAUGGCUAUUUUUUUGAAAAAAAAUUUGGCUUUCAGAGCAAAAAUAAUAAUACUAAUAUUAAAAACAAUGAAAAUAAUGAAUUAAAUAAAAAAAAGAAUAUUGAAAAAAUAAAGUCAGCUAAUAUAUAUGUUAAUGAAAAGUAUUCAUCAGGUAACCAUCUAAAUAAACAAGAUAAAAUAAUAAAUAAUAUAUUAGACAAAAUAUAUGAUAAUUAUAUUAAUGAAAAUUAUAUAUUGAAAAAAAAUAAUAAUUAUCAUAUCCUUUUAGAAAACAAAAAAAUCAUGAAAAAUUAUUGUGAUGAUAAUAAUUAUGUUAAUGUAAAAAAUGAUAUUGAAGAUUCUCCAAAUAUAAUUAAUCAAGAAAAUUUGAAUAAUAUCAAUAACCCUUCCUUUUUUAAUAACUGCAUAGAAUUUAAUGAGAAUUGCUUGGAAAAGGAAAAUUAUAAAGAAAAGGAAAAAUUGAAAAAUUGUUGUUCUUCAUCUCUUGAGACAAUUAAUGGAAAUUCUUUUUAUUUAGCUAAUAAAAAAUUCUUGGAUAAAAAGCUUGAUAUGAAAAAAUUAUCAAAAGACAAUGAACAAAAUAUCAUUAAGCAAAGUGAAAAUGAUAAAUAUGAAAGAAAAAUGUUUUCAGGAGCUAGCAUACUAAAAAAUUAUACAAAAAGUAAGGGUUUGUUAAAAUAUUCAAUUAAAAAUGACGAUUACAACACCAAUGCAAGUAAUAAUUUUUUUUACAAUUUUAAUGAUAAUAGUAUAUGUAACAAAAACGAAAAUAAUUUAAAGUUUUUUAGAAAAUCAAAUUAUAAUAGUAUAGUUAGCCAUAUGAACGAUUAUACCAUAAAUGAUAAAAUGGUUGAUAAUUUAAACAUUAAUGAUAUGAACGAUAAUAAGACAAAUAACAUUACAAGCAGCAAUAAAAUUUUCCGAAUUGAUUUAAAGAAAAUAAAAAAAAUAGAGAAUAAUAAAAUAAAAGAUUUGUUUAAUGCAUAUAGUUAUGAUAAUCAAUUUUUAUCUGAUCGUAAGAAAAAUCCUAAAGAUGAAAAAAAAAGUAAAAUAUACAAUAAAAAUAAUAAUUUAAAAAAUAUAUAUAACUUUUCUGGGAAACUUUUUACAUUAACUGAUAAUAAUUUAACUGAUAACUAUACCAUGAAUAAUGAAUCAUUUCCUAAGGACUCUUUCGAAAUUUUUAAUAAUUUAAAGUUAAAAGAAAAAUUAAACAACUAUUAUUCUCAUAUUAAUGAAAAUUCAAUACACAAAGAAAUUUAUAUUAAAAAAAUAAAAGAUUAUAAUACUCAAAAAAAUUCAUCUCUUAUAGAAAAUAAAACAGGAUUAAUUACAACUGAUUUUGCAAAUUUCCCUGAAGAAAAAAAAAAUGACAGUAUAAAUAAAAAUCAAAUAACAUAUAAUUCUAUUACAAAUUUUUUAAAUAAUACAGGAGAAAAAAAAGAAGACUCAAAUAGAAUCACAAAGCAUGUUACAUGUGUUUCAAAUGAUACAUCAAGUGUAAAAAAAAAAAAAAAUAAUAAAAAUCAAUGCUUAUUACUUAAUGAACAAGUGGAUGAUAAAUUUGAUUCAAUUUACAAUCAAAACUUUGAUUGUUCUUUUAAAGAAACAUGCAAAUAUUAUAUGGAUAAAGAUUUACAAAAUUUUUACCUAAGUAAAUACAAUAAUAAAAAUUUAUUAGAAGUACUUAAUAUUAAAAAAACAAAAUAUGUCGAAGAUUUGAAAUAUAGAAUUUGUAAUAGAAUUGAAGAGAAAGAAUAUAUUAUUAAUAAUUUUUUAAAAAAACUUAAAUUAAUUGAUAAUAAUAAUUUAUACAACAUAGAUGAAAAAGAAAAACAGAUAUUUAAUUUAAUUAUGAAAUAUGUAAAUAAAGUGAGAACUGUAAAUUCUAAAAAAUGGAAAAUUAAAAAUAUUUCUUUUGAUUCCAAUUACAAUAGAUACAUAGCAUUUUUUUUUUUUAAAAAUAAAAAAAAAUCCAAAUCUUUUUCAUGUAAAAAAUAUGGGGGCAAAGAAAAUGCAAAAAAUGAAGCCGCCAGCUUUCAUGCCCAUUAUAACAAAUUUUACAAUUAUUUUAUUAGAUAUUUAGAAAACAAAAAAAAAUAUACAAAAAAUAUAGAAGAAAUAGAUAAAAAAAAAAAUAAAAUUUCAGAGGAGUUUUUGUUUGAUAUUCAUAACUUAAAAAAAGAAAAAAAAAGGAAAAUAGGAAACGAUGAAGAAAAAGAAAAGGAAGAAGAUAUUAUUAAAAUGAAGUUCAAAAAAAUACAUUCAACAGAAAAUGUUUUUGAAAAUAAACAAACUUGUAUUAUAUCUAAUGAAAAAAAUAUAUAUAUUAAUGAAAAUCAUAGUGAAAUAGAGAUAUAA